ACCAAAAUCCUUCUUGCUCAUAAACGCGAGUCUCCGAAGAGACUAGUCCAAAUGUAAACAAAGAAGAGACGAGCAAGAGGCCGGUGUGAGAAAGCAGGCCUAUAAAGAAUGGAGAAUGAAAACCCCAUAAAGACACCUGUCGAGGAGACAGAAGGAGGAUGGUUGCAUCAGUUGGUUGUAUACGCUGCCAGGAAUCCAUGGGAGUUCUGUUGGUACCUUCUGCUUGCUCUUUCUCCACUUUUCUGUAUCUCAGCCGUCCUCUCGUGGAAACUGGCAAAGGCACUGGAGGCACAGGAGAAGGAAAAGAACCGAAAGGACAAGAAAAAAGCCAACAUGAUGAAAGUUAAACGAGGGAAAGCUAACUGAUGUUUAGCCAGUCAGUGGAUCUGCCAUUGCUUUGCCCAUUGGCACUCACAAAGCUCCUUCCAGCUGUGAUCUGUCGGCCAAGUAUUUUGUGGCUUAUGUAGAAUGUUGUGGCACCCCUUGAGAGUGCCCUUCAGAGCUGUAUCUGACAUCUCACGCUUGGGAAAAUUGGUAGAAGUGACACACAUUAGACUUUCAUCAAUCAUAUCCCCCCCUCCUCCUCCCCUUUUAUAUUUCUAAACCCCGGCCUUCCCUCUGCUGUUAUGCUGUGAAUCCUGACCAACACGUUUUAUAUCUUGGGCUUUUGAUGCAGAUAGCAUGUAGUGCAUCUGCCACAAAACAAAACAAAACAAAAAAACUAUUAAAAAAAGAAAGAAACUGGCCUCAUUUAGAUUUCUGGAAGUGUCUCCUUUUUAUAAAUAACUUUGUAGUGUUUAUGAGGGUGUUGUGUUUUGAUUGAGACUAUGUGGGACUUGCUAAUCCCCCCCCCCCUAAAAAAUAAUAAUAAUGAAAAUAAAAUAAAUAUUAAUAAAAGUAAGUAGAUAAAUGAUAAUAAUUA